GUUUCCCAUCAUUUCGCGAAAAAAGAAUGGGAGCGUUUUUAACCGGAUGUAGUUUUAUUUUCACUAGGCAACAAGAUAAUACAUAACACUCUAGAUGUGAAGAAGGGGAAAUAAAAAAAUAGGCUUGGUAACAUCAUCAAUUAAACAUGGCAGCUCUAGCACCACCUAAGCAACCAGGGACAUACACAUUUGCCAGUCAGCCUCGGGCUGUCCCUCAAAGAAAAAAGUACAGAGACCCUUUAGGACAACAAGAUCCUGAAGCUCACAAUGCUCCACAAUAUGGAAACAUUAUGUAUGAUAGACGUAUAGUCAGAGGUAAUACAUAUGCUCAACAUACACUGCCAGCUCAUGCUCAGCCAGAUCCCAUUGAAAUACAAAGACAGCAAGAGAAUAGACGACGUGCCAUCGCUAGAAAACGUGCGAAGGAACAGCUCCGACCACGAUCUCCCGAGCCUGUAGAAGGGCGUAAACAUAUAGAUGUGCAAACAGAAUUAUAUCUUGAAGAGUUGAGUGACCGUGUAGAAGAAGCGGACGUAGAAAUUCAAACUGAUGCAUUCCUUGACCGACCUCCCUCACCCAUGUUUGUUCCUGCGAAGACAGGCAAAGAUAUUGCAACUCAAAUAUUGGAUGGAGAUCUUUUCGAUUUCGAUAUAGAAGUGAAACCAAUUCUAGAAGUUCUUGUUGGUAAAACUGUUGAGCAGUCUUUACUUGAAGUAAUGGAAGAGGAAGAACUUGCAAAUCUACGUUCUCAACAACGAGCCUUUGAGGAGUUGCGCAAUGCCGAGUUUGUGGAACAACAGAGAUUAGAAGAACAAGAACGUAGGCAUAGAGAAGAAAAGGAGAGGAGGAUGAGACAACAGCGUGAUGUGUUAAGAAAGGAGAAAGAGACGGCAGAGAAGAUUGCGGCCAGGGCGUUCGCUCAGAGUUACCUUGCAGAUCUUGUACCUACGGUGUUUGGAACACUCUCGGACAAUGGCUACUUCUAUGAUCCUGUUGAAAGAGAUAUUGAGCAAGGUUUCUUGCCAUGGUUAAUGGAUCGUGUCACAGAACGACUAGAGAAAUCAGAACAAGGACGUAUGGUGCUUGACGGUCUUUUGAGAGAAGUGGUCAGCAAACGUAGAGAGUUAUACGAGAGAUUAGAGCAGUCAAACCAACCAGCUGAUGGUGGUGAUGAUCAAAAACAAGACAGAAAAUCUCCACAGGCUGCCCCACAGGUUACCAUAGAUGCCGCCCCUCCACAACCAGCCCCUGCUUCUACUACAGAGGCUGAAGAAGAAAAGCCAGCAGAACAAGCCAAAGAUGAAGACGAUGAACCUCAACAACAAGGAGAGGAAGAUGGAGGUGGAGAAGAUUAGACCAAAUAAAUAAUUCUUGGACAGUUUAAUGAAUAAUUAGUAAAGAUUAAAAAAACAAUAUUGAAAACAUUUAAGAUUUACUCAAAGUACGUAUCCUUCAAUAAACAAGACAAAAUUGAACUACCUUCUAUUGUGUUUUCUUUUCCUAAUGACAAGUGAUAUGGUCUUAAAAAGUUUGUUAUGUUGUAUUUUGACAAUAGUGAUGAUAUAAGACAAGCUUUAAACAUUCUGUACUUACAUUGCUGUGGUUACUAUUCAAGAUUUAGAAUGAUUUCAAGAUCUGGUGCAUAAUACAAAUAUACUAUAAUAGUAUUCAUUUUCAUUAAAUUUUGUCUCAUUUCAAGCUGUAAUGUGAUAUACUUGCAAUUUGCUUAAAGAUGCAUGUAUUUUAUAAUUAAUUUUUCUAUACCUGAUUUGGUCUAUUAUUUACCUGCUAUAAGGUGACUUUUCUUUUAGAAAUUUCAUGUAGAAAUUGUCUAGCCAAGUUUCAGCUAAUGAUAAAAAUACAUUGAAGUUUUUAUUUAGAUAUAUGGCUAAUUUUAAAAUACAUGCUUCUUUAACAUGUUGAUAGAUAAUUUUGUACAGGCUCCAAGUUUGUUUGGGUUAUAUAGAAUUUACUUCUACUGUAGAUAUAUAUAUCUUCUUGUUUACCUUGUUAUGUUUUUCUCUAUGACCUACAUUUAUCAUUAUUUAUAUAGCAUAAGGCUUUAAAUGUAAAACAUAUAGUAAAUCUGCCAUACUCGAUGCACAUAGUGUGUUCCUUGAGUUCUUUAUAUUUUGGUAAAAUUUUGAUUGCUCUUUUCAAUUCUAGCCUAAUUGUCAAAUUGAAAUCAACUAAAAAAGUUUACACAAAAUUUGAAAGUUAAGAACGAAAAGUUUAAAUUUCAGAAUAAAAAUGAAAUUGGUUUA